AUGGAUAAAGAUGAGAACAACUAUUGGCAUAUGCGGACACCUUACGAUACGACUUUGGUACCCAAAUUACGUAACUCCCAAGAGCAGAUAUCUAUGGGGAAUCUGUUCCAAUUGUACACGAACGCAUUUAUAGGCGCCAACAUCGCGGAGGCUUCUGUCCUUGCUCUAGAUGCGACCAAAGCAACAGUUCACGCCGGGAUUUCGGCACUGAUCCUUCGGAAUUUCAUGUUCCAUUCGUUACGUGUCACGUUGUACGACGUCCUCCGGCGUAGAAUCAUUUACAUUGAUGCGGAAAACCAGGAGAUGAUCAACUUUCCGUCAACUCUCAUGUCCGGCAGCGCUGCUGGAUGUAUUGCCCAGGCACUUUUCAAUCCAUUCGACAUGAUCAGGGUGAAAAUUGAGGAAAACAAAACUUCCAGUUUAAUGAGUGUGCUUAAAUCCAUACAUAGGAAUUCUGUUAUAUGGAGAAAUGUGGGAUACCGCUGUCCACAUGCCUGUCUCUUGACUGCCGGCGAUGUGGCCGCCUAUGAUCUCAGCAAACGGAAUUUUAAGAAAUAUCUACAGCUGAAGGAGCAGCUACCGCUCCACUUCGCAUCUGCCCUCGUCGCCGGACUUGUUGCCAGCUUACUCAGCCAUCCGGCGGACGUGAUCAAGUUCCGUCUUUUAAACCAACCAACUGAUAAGAAGGGCAUAGGUUUGUAUUAUAGAAGAUCCCUCGAAUGCCUCGUCAAAUUGAUGCGAGAGGAGGGUGUCUUCAGUUUGUACAAGGGUCUCUUACCAUGCUGGCUGAGAUUGGGUUCCUGGUCAGUGUUAUUUUGGCUGUCAGUAGAACAAUUUCAAUUAUGGGAGGGUCAAACGGGAUUCUAA